UAUUUGCAGAGCGAGACUGGAAACAGAUAAUGUAAUUAAGUUGUAGGCAAACAAAAGAGAGAAAUAUAGAGAGAGAGAGAGAGAAAGAGAGUAGCAUAUGGAGAUAGAGAAGAAUGUUACAAAGGGCAAUGGGGAAAGCGUUGCAGAAGAAGAGAGAAACAAAAAUAUGAAGAGGAAGCAGUGCCGUCAAGGAGGCAUAAGAACUUUACCUUUCAUCCUUGCAAAUGAAGUGUGUGAUAGAUUUGCGGUGGCUGGGUUCUCUGGCAACUUGAUAAGUUACCUGACACAAGUGAUGAACAUGCCAUUGGUAGCUGCCUCCAACACACUCACAAACUUUGCUGGAACAUCAAGCUUCACUCCUCUCCUUGGUGCUAUCAUUGCUGAGUCUUUUGCUGGCCGCUUUUGGACCAUUACUAUUGCUUCUCUCAUCUAUGAACUGGGAAUGAUUAGCAUGACAUUAUCAGCGAUACUUCCACAUUUUCGUCCACCACCAUGCCCAAAACAAGUGAAUUGCCAAGAAGCCACAUCCUCACAGCUAUGGAUAUUAUACAUGUCUCUACUCCUCACAUCUCUUGGCUCAGGUGGCAUUAGACCCUGUGUGGUGCCCUUUUCAGGAGACCAAUUUGACAUGUCCAAAAAGGGUGUGGAAUCCAGAAAAUGGAACCUGUUCAAUUGGUAUUUUUUCAGCAUGGGCUUUGCUUCACUAAGUGCUUUGACAGUUGUGGUUUACAUCCAAGACAACAUGGGGUGGGGUUGGGGACUUGGGAUUCCAACCAUUGCAAUGAUGAUAUCCAUUGUUGCAUUUGUGGUUGGCUUCCCUCUCUAUAAGCAUGUCAAGCCAGAGGGCAGUCCUUUGAUUCGUUUGGCACAAGUGGUUGUGGCUGCUAUCAAGAAGAGGAAACAACCUUUGCCUUCUGAUGCUAAGCUUUUGUACCAAAAUAAGGAGCUUGAUGCUGGCAUUUCCACAGAAGGAACUCUUCUACACUCUGACCAAUUCAAAUGGUUGGACAAGGCUGCAAUUGUAACAGAGGAUGAUAGCAGAGACCCAAACGCAGAACCAAAGUUAUGGAAACUAGCCACUGUCCACAGAGUAGAAGAGCUGAAAUCAAUCAUCAGAAUGCUUCCAAUUUGGGCAUCAGGAAUUUUACAAGUAACAGCCUCAUCACACCUCCACAGCUUCGUCAUCCAACAAGCUCGAUCAAUGGACCGCCACCUCUCUCCCUCCUUCCAAAUCUCCCCUGCCAGCAUGUCCAUAUUCAGUGUCCUAACCAUGAUGGUCGGCGUCAUACUCUACGAGCGCCUCUUCGUUCCCUUCGCCCGCAGGUUCACCAAGAACCCUGCAGGCAUCACAUGCCUGCAGAGAAUGGGAGUAGGCUUCGUGAUCAACAUUGUAGCAACUAUUAUCGCCGCCUUCGUCGAAAUCAAGAGGAAGUCUGCCGCAGCAAAGCACCAUUUAUUGGACGAUCCCAAAGCCACGAUUCCAAUCAGUGUUUUCUGGUUGGUGCCGCAGUAUGUAAUUCAUGGAGUAGCUGAAAUUUUUUCGUCUGUUGGACAUUUGGAAUUCUUGUAUGAUCAAUCGCCUGAAAGUAUGAGAAGUAGUGCUACUGCUUUGUAUAGCAUAACUUCGGCCAUUGGGAAUUACAUUGGAACGUUGUUGGUAUCACUGGUUCAUGCGUACACUGGUAAAGAGAGAAAUUGGUUACCUGAUAGGAAUCUCAAUAGGGGUAGAUUGGAGAAUUACUACUUUCUUGUUUGUGGGAUUCAAGUUGUUAAUCUCAUUUACUAUUCCAUUUGUGCUUGGUUUUAUACGUACAAGCCUGUGGAGCAGGAAAGUACUAGUGAAAUGCACAAGGAGUAUCAUGAUUUGGAACGUGCCAAAGAAAAUGUGUCAUCUGUUGUUGUAACAGAUGGUAGAGAAGAAAAUGGAGAUUUAUAGUAUUAGUUAGUUAGUUAUCUGGCACUGGUGAAUAAUGAUAUGUAGCAUAUAUAGAACAGAAGCAUUGGUCGGAGCAUGUAUAUUGUUUUAUCUACCAUAUUUUACUAUGUACCUUAAUAAUUUGACAUAA